UCAAAUGCAAAAAAUAUCAAUGCCACAUCAGCAGAAAUCUAAAGCCGAGUGGAGGGGCCGUCCAAAUCUCUCCCUCUCCCUUCCGCAAAGCCACAACAUAUUGCCCUGUUCUCCCUCUCUGAUAACCCCAUCGUCGGAUUGAUCAGCCAAAAUAUCCAGAAAAAGAAGAGAAAACUGCGAAAAUCAGCGAUCGUUGAAGAAGGGGUUAACCGGCACUUUUUUCUCGGUCUGCGAACUGCAAGGACCUGAUAUCAGUUUUAGAGCUUGUACUAGGAUCAUCUCCGCUGUGGAAAACAACCCUAGGUUGAUAGAAUUACGCGGUUUUAGUGUUUCUUAUCCUUUGAUUUCUAUAUAGGGUCAUGGUAGAUUGAUGAGCCGUGGGUGGUGUUUAGUGUUUCCUUUCAUGGGAAUGCUGAAUUACGAUAUAUUGAUACUCGAUUGGUAGAAAGGUUGGAGACUGGGGGUAGGAUUCUUGGUAAGCUUGGUUUAGUGUCUUGGGGGUAGUUUCCUGUUCUGGUUAAUUCCGGAUGGCUAGUUCAUCCGAGAAGUGGAUCGACGGCCUUCAGUUCUCCUCCUUGUUCUGGCCUCCGCCACAGGACCCUCAACAACGCCAGGAUCAAGUUAUUGCUUAUGUUGAAUACUUUGGUCAGUUCACAUCAGAGCAAUUCCCCGAGGAUAUUGCCGAGUUGGUUCGCAAUCAGUAUCCAUCAACCGAGAAGCGCCUCUUGGAUGAUGUCAUGGCAAUGUUUGUCCUCCAUCAUCCAGAGCAUGGUCAUGCUGUCAUUCUUCCAAUUAUUGCAUGUAUCAUUGAUGGUUCUCUGGUUUACAACAAAGAAACUCCUCCAUUUGCCUCUUUCAUAUCCUUAGUCUGCUCAAGCAGCGAGAAUGAUUACUCCGAGCAAUGGGCUCUGGCUUGUGGAGAAAUUCUUCGCAUUUUGACCCAUUAUAAUCGUCCCAUAUAUAAGAUGGAGAAGCAACUUGGCGAGACAGAAAGAAGCAAUGGUGUGUGCAGAAAUACUGCUGAUCCAACGCAUGCAGAGUCUAAAGUCGUCCCACCAGUGCAGCAGGAAAGGAAACCAUUAAGGCCUUUGUCUCCAUGGAUCGCUGAUAUAUUACUUGCUGCUCCUCUGAGUAUAAGAAGUGAUUAUUUCCGCUGGAGUAGUGGUGUUAUGGGAAGAUAUGCUGCUGGAGAUCUCAGACCACCUAUUAUUGCUUCUUCUCGAGGAUCUGGUAAGCAUCCUCAGCUAAUGCCUUCAACGCCAAGAUGGGCAGUCGCUAAUGGUGCUGGUGUCAUAUUGAGUGUUUGUGAUGACGAAGUUGCUCGAUAUGAGACUGCUACUUUGACAGCAGUUGCUGUCCCCGCUCUUCUUCUUCCUCCCCCGACAACAGCCUUAGACGAGCAUUUAGUUGCAGGACUUCCAGCACUUGAGCCUUAUGCACGUCUGUUUCACAGAUAUUAUGCCAUUGCAACUCCAAGUGCUACACAGAGACUUCUUCUGGGACUUUUAGAAGCACCACCAUCAUGGGCUCCAGAUGCACUGGAUGCAGCUGUACAGCUUGUGGAACUCCUUCGAGCUGCUGAAGAUUAUGCAUCUGGUGUAAGGCUACCCAGGAACUGGAUGCAUUUGCACUUCUUGCGUGCAAUAGGCAUCGCUAUGUCCAUGAGAGCAGGUGUUGCUGCUGAUGCUGCAGCCGCAUUGCUUUUCCGUAUACUCUCGCAGCCUGCACUGCUUUUUCCUCCACUAAGCCAAGUUGAGGGGGUAGAGAUUCUGCAUGAGCCUACAGGUGGCUAUAGUUCAAAUUACAGGAAGCAGAUAGAAGUUCCUGCAGCCGAAGCAACCAUCGAAGCCACUGCCCAAGGAAUCGCGUCGAUGCUUUGUGCUCAUGGACCUGAGGUUGAAUGGAGAAUCUGCACCAUCUGGGAAGCUGCCUAUGGACUGAUUCCAUUGAAUUCCUCAGCAGUUGAUCUUCCAGAAAUCAUAGUUGCUACUCCACUUCAACCUCCUAUCUUGUCGUGGAAUUUGUACAUUCCCCUCCUCAAAGUACUUGAAUAUCUUCCACGGGGAAGUCCAUCUGAAGCAUGCCUGAUGAAAAUAUUUGUUGCCACUGUGGAAGCAAUCCUCAGGAGGACGUUUCCUCCUGAGUCCUCCAGGGAACAAAGCAGGAAAAUGAGAUCCAGUUCCGGCACAGGAUCAGCGACCAAAAACCUUGCCAUGGCUGAGCUCCGGGCAAUGGUCCAUGCUCUCUUUUUAGAAUCAUGUGCUGGUGUGGAACUAGCUUCACGGCUACUUUUUGUUGUGUUGACUGUCUGUGUUAGCCAUGAAGCUCAGUCCAAUGGGACCAAGAGACCAAGGAGCGAACUUGCAAUCACUGAUGAAAAGUUUGAGGAGAACCAACCUGUGCCCAACAAUCAGACAACUAACAAAAAAAGUAGGAAGAUCAAGGGACAGGGGCCUGUUGCAGCAUUUGAUUCAUACGUUCUGGCUGCUGUUUGUGCUCUUGCCUGUGAGGUUCAGUUGUUUCCUAUGAUCUCCAGGGGGAGCAACCAAUCCAAUUCUGUUGCUUCAAAGCCGGUAAAGAUAAAUGGGUCAUGCAACGAAUAUGGAGCUGGGAUUGAUUCGGCGAUUAAUCACACACGCAGAAUCUUGGCUAUUCUUGAGGCCCUCUUUUCAUUGAAACCGUCUUCUGUGGGGACUCCUUGGAGUUACAGUUCUAGUGAGAUAGUAGCUGCAGCUAUGGUUGCCGCACACAUUUCCGAACUAUUCCGACGUUCGAAGCCUUUGAUGCAUGCUCUCUCUUUGUUAAUGAGGUGCAAGUGGGACAAUGAAAUUCAUACAAGGGCCUCAUCAUUGUAUAACCUUAUCGAUCUUCACAGCAAAGCUGUUGCAUCCAUUGUUGACAAAGCCGAGCCCUUAGAAGCCUUCCUCAUGCAUACACCGGUCUGGAAAGAUUCUCUGAUCAAUUUAAAUGGUAAACUACAAAACACGUGUGCAAGGACCGCAUGCGUUGGCACAGCAUCUGUCUCACGGAUCGAAAUAACUUCGAGAAACAACCAUAAAUACGAUAGAUCAACACAUUCACACAGUGGCUCAGGGACUAGCAACUCUGGGAAGGGAAUUGCAGAUUUUCUGAUGGAUGCAUCUGAUCUAGCUAAUUUCCUCACUGCUGAUAGGCACACCGGAUUCUAUUGUGGAACACAAGUCCUUUUGAGGUCAGUGCUUGCGGAGAAACAGGAACUGUGUUUCGCUGUUGUUUCUCUCCUAUGGCACAAGUUGAUUGCUGCCCCUGAAAUCCAGCCGACUGCGGAAAGCACCUCAGCUCAGCAAGGAUGGAGACAAGUAGUUGAUGCACUAUGCAAUGUUGUAUCUUCAUCACCAGCAAAGGCUGCGGCAGCAGUUGUUCUUCAGGCUGAGAGGGAGUUGCAGCCUUGGAUUGCCAAAGAUGACGAUCAGGGUCAGAAGAUGUGGAGAAUAAACCAACGGAUAGUGAAAGUGAUAGUGGAACUGAUGCGCAACCAUGAAAACCCCGAAUCAUUGGUGAUUCUAGCCAGUGCGUCAGAUUUGCUUUUACGCGCCACUGAUGGAAUGCUUGUUGAUGGAGAAGCUUGCACAUUACCCCAGCUUGAGCUACUUGAAGCGACGGCAAGAGCAAUUCAGCUGGUACUGGAGUGGGGACAGUCGGGGAUAGCACUAGUAGACGGUUUAUCAAAUCUAUUGAAGUGCCGGCUACCAGCAACAGUACGGUGCCUGUCACACCAAAGUGCGCACGUGAGGACAUUGAGUAUAUCGGUUCUAAGGGGGAUAAUGCAGCAGAGCAGCAUGAAGAAGAAGAAACCUCAGGAGAAGAACGGAGGAAUUCACAAGGGAACCUUCUUUAACGGCGGGGAAGCCAUAGAUUGGAAAGCAGACAUUCAAAAGUGUUUGAGUUGGGAAGCUCACAGCUUGGUCUCUUCCAGUUUGCCUACGCAGUUCCUAGACACUGCUGCUCUGGAACUAGGCUGUACUAUUUCCAUCCCCUCCACCACCAACUAGCUUCCCCCCACCCCCAUCUCUCUCUCUCUAUACAUAUAUAUUUUACAGAUAUUUAGAUCCUUGAAUUUAACUUGGCCUCAAUGGUUUAGACCAAAACACAAGAAAGAAGAUUUAAUACUGUUGUCGCGUAUGCCUGGGUGACGAAAUUCACACAUCUGUGCAUGCCAUACACAUCCUUUCUGCGUUGUCUCUCCAUUCAUGGCUCAGGUGUAUAUAUGUUGUGCGUAGGAAGGACGUUUUCUGCUCGAUAGAUUUUGCCUUUGGUGUUUAAUUAAUUGUUUUUUUGGUAAA